AGGAGGACCAGGACCGAGCCAGGAGAGACAUGGAGGACGAGAAGCUCAGACUGCAGCAGCUCAAGAGGAAGUCUCUGAGGGACCAGUGGCUGAUGGAUGGACCUCCCCUGUCCCCAAUCGCCCCAGCCUCCCCGGAAGCCCAGAGCCCCCGCUCCCCUCUUUGGGGCUCCCAGGCCCAGGAGAUUGAAAAGCGCAUUGACAAGUUGCAGUCAGAGAGUCAGCGGUUGGCAGAGGAGGAAGAGUCACUGAAGGAACAGAUGGAGGAUGGCCAAACGGAGGCCGUGAAAAAAGCAGAGGCUGGAGCAGAAAUGGUCCAAGAUGCUGUCAUGCAGAACGGUGAAAACAAUGGCUCGGAUGAAGCGAAGACAAAAAGCACCCCGCUGGGUGAAACUGCGGCUGUCCUGACCAAUGGCGAAGCAGACACCAAUCACGACACUCGGGCCUCCACUAACGGACCAGUAGAAGCCUCCGGGGGCGGCAUGAAAUCGGAGCCUGGGUUGAGCUUUGGUGUUUCUGAGGCGGAGCUUAGUCAGGUUCCAAAUGUCAACUUUAAUGAGGAGGAGGAGGGGGAGGGGGGGGGGGGGAUUCUGGUGAUGAGAGCAGAGCGUGUGAUCAUCACAGAGGACGGAGAUGAUGUACCUGAGGAUCUUGCACACCAGCAGGAGACCAUGCAGACAGAGGCAGCAGGCCAAGAGGGAGGGCAAGCUGAGGGGGAAGUAAAAACAGAGGCAGCUCCAGAAACCUUCACACAACAAGAGCAGAGUGAGGCGACUGAACCCGCUGCAGAGGAACAAUGGGCAACCGGAGAUGGAGACUCGCAGGGUGGCGUGGAGAAGAAUGGAGACGGAGAGAGAAAAUCCGAAGGAGGGGACAAAGAUUCGGAAGGCCCGACCUCUGCGCAGGUGCAGUCCCCAGCCGGUGCCCUAGAGGGCACUGCAGUGGCUUCGUUGCCGGUCUACUCCGAGGCGCAACCCGCCGCUCUCGCCCCUGAGCUGGAGGCAGAGGGUGAAGCUGCGACGUCACCAGAGGGAGCCGAGGCGGCACUGAAAGCCCAAGUCCCUGCAGAGGGUGAAGCUGCGACGUCACCAGAGGGAGCCAAGGCGGCACUGAAAGCCCAAGUCCCUGCCGCGCCGCCUGGACAGUUCCAGGAGGUGCCCCUGGCUGAUCCCCAGGAGAGCCAGAGGACCGAGGCCAGGCCGGGGGAGCGGGAACCCCUCCUGUCCCAGGCAAAGACCAACAACGCCCAAGCAGAGCCAGCAGCAGCAGCAGCAGCCUCCGCCAGCACAGAGACUUACAGCUCAGCCAGGGCCGGCCAUGGAGAGGAGGCCGAGGCACCCAAACACAAAGCCUGCCAGUGCUGCUCUGUCAUGUAGAUGCCCCUCACUGUACAUUCACCUCCUCUCUCCCUCCUCCUCCUCAGUCUCUCUGCUCUUCAACUCCACACACACUCCUCCCCUCGUCUCUUUGUUUCACACCCUGUAUUCUAAUCGGCCCACAAUCUACUUCCCUCUCCACCUACUCUCUGCCCUCACUCCGUGUAUUCAUCUUGAAACUUCCCUAAUCUCACUCUUGAGUUUUGAUACUCCGAGAGGAAGUGAGCUCUCUCCAACGUGAAGACAGGUGGGAGGUGUGGACCGGACUUGUCUGUGUUUAAGUGCCUUGAGGAGCUCUCUACCCAGAACUACCCUUUUUAAAUUCUCUUCUUCUAGUAGCUGCAAUUGAGCGAAAAUAACACUGUAUUAUUUUAUACUGUUGUAUCCACAUGUGUAAUUCAUGAGGUCAUUUUCAUAAUCUAAAUAUGAGAUUUUACGUCACAAGAUCUGGAGAGUUUCAGAGAGGACAUUGUUCUUAUUUCAUGAUUUUAAAGCUGAAUUAUUUUAUGGAUUUUGAUCUUUUAUUAGAGAUGCUUUUAAUCCAAGUAUAGGGCCUGAACAUUUUUGUUCACAGGUUUUGACAAUACACAGACUAAUAGUAUGAAAUGGUGUAAUUUAUAAACGGCGAGCACCACUGAAUAUUUUGUGGGACAUUGCCAGUUUCUCCAGAUUAUUUUGAGAUGCCUGAAAGUAUGAAUUUUGUAUUUUUACCAGAUGUGCCUUUGAAAGCGGGGCUCCAGAGCUCCUGACAUAGCUCUGUGCAUGGAUGUAUAAACCGCAUACAGAAACAUGUGGCAUUGAGCUUUGAAAUGAUUGAUGAAUGAUUUAAUGAUUAAACUGACAUUUGUGAUAAAUUGCUUGAUGUACUUGAUGCUCCAAAAACGACAACAUUGCACCAUGCAAAAACAAACACCCUGGAUAAUGUUUAACCAUUUGAUUCGCAAUGUUAUUUAUUUCUUAGUCCUAACCCAGGGACAGCUGGGUAUUUGUCUACCCAUGCAGUUUUAGUUGUUUUAAAUGUUCCCCUGAAUGGAAAAAGAGAACUAACGGGACGUUCCGCAAAAAGGAGAGGGAUCACUGGGACUGAACUAAUGAGAUGAUGCACCUGGUGUUCCCUGCAACAAGUCUCACAAAUCCAUGUCCAAGUCCAUGGAGCUUUAUAAUACAAAUUCCACCAUGAAAACUGCAGUGCAAGUAAGUCGAGGGAGACGUAUGAAUUUAACAGUGUGCAUUAUAGGUUUCAUAGGGAUUUAAAGAAACGGUGCGCAUUUUGAAGUUGUAGCUUUUGAGCCAAUACGAUUCAAAAUGUUUUAGCGCGUGCCAUCAUCAAUAUGUGAGUUACAGUGCUUCAUGUAAUACAAUUAACAGAAGUGUGAAUAAUCAGGGAUCACAGUCCUCAAAUAUUUCUUAUUUUUACUGUCACAGAGAACACAGGUGGACUUUGCUCUCAGUAUUGUGAAACUUUUUUUUUUUUUUUUUUUUUUUUUUGAAUGCCACUAUAAAACUAAACGAUCACCACUUCCAGACAGAUGCUGCAGUGUCGCUGAGUAAAGAGGCUUUUGAUUUCAACAAGCAGAGCCAUGUUUGCUGUGUGCGCCAUCGCUGCCCUGUGCUUGAUGCCUGUGGGCCAUGCAGCUCCUCUGGACUGUAAAGACCUGGUUAAGCCUUUGGGUCAAAUAGAUCUCGGUCACUUGGAGGGCAGAUGGGUUCUAGUUGCAGACAGUCUGAAAUUCAUCGAAGCUGGGCAACUUUUUCGAACCUUCGACAGCGUAAGUGUUGAUUUCCACAACUCGACUUACACCCAAGCCAAUCGUGAUGGUGACCAGUGCCACUACCGGUCCCAGAAUAUCUCCAUAGAUGGCCCGAACUUUGACAUCAAGGUUGGGGAGUCAAUUAACUUCAGGGGGACCUUCUUACAUACAUCCUGUUCGGACUGUGUGACGCUGAGAUUCACCGUGGAUUCACCAACUCGAAACACAACAGAAUUGUGCCUGUUCAGCAGGAGGAGGCAGUUGGACCGGAAGGAGCUGGAGGAGUUCCGGGCUCAGGUGGAGUGUCUGGACAUGCCUCAACAUGUUGAGCUGGAUCCUACCAAGGAGCUUUGUCCGGACUGGUCCCGCCGCAGCCAAUCAGACUGAGGAGAAAAACACUUUGGUGCAUGAUAUCUACUCAUGGUGUCAAUAAAGUGGAUGUGGAUCUAUA